AUGUCUCAAACAGAAGGAGAACCUACCUCAGCAGCGGAAACACUUAGCACAGCCACACACCAAGAAGUUGCUCUCAGCACAUCAACAACGAAUCCUUCCACUUCAUCAUCAGCCAAUACCGAACAUGGAGCAUCAGAAGAACAAUUAGCCACUCAACUUGCCAUGAAAGAACAACUCUCACACGACCAACUUCAUGAUCAUGAGAGUACAAAAAGUACUAGUCGUGCUCGUGAGGGUGGUGAUGCAAAUUUUACUAAUGCUCAUGAUUCGAAAGAAACAACAACAACUCUGAAUGAAGAGUCUAAAAAGAAUGACCAUCCACAAGAUGCUUCUCCGAUCAGAGAAGACGACAUGACGAGUGGUAAAAACUUUGAUACAACCACGACCGUGUCCACUUCGGUGGUGUCAUCUGACGAUGUGCAUGUUCUUCUUCAAGACACGAAUCCAAAGAACCAUCAUCCAGAAACUUCCAAAGAAUCUUCUUCCUCGUCUUUGAGUGGUCCAACAAUAACAACCAAUCAUCCACCUCCAACCACUCAUGACCAUCCACAAGUACAAGUAGCAGCAGGAUUGAAUACAUCUGUCAUUUCAAUACUACCAAAUACAACCGGUACUAAUACGACUACGACUGCUGCUGCUGACACGACCUUUUCCUCCGAACAUUCACAACAAUCACACAAAAAGAACUUUCCACCAGCUCCCAAAGCCACUCACGCCAACAACUUGUCCGUCUUUAAAUCUCUCAAAAAUUACUUCUUGGCAUUGAUUUAUGCUUCAAAAGCGCAACGCCAGGAACGAAAACAUGCACUCACAAAAGCUUUGGAAUUAUUUGAAAAGGCCACCAGUCACAUGUUGUUAACCAAUAAUAAUGCGUUUGAUGUGAGUGUGUUAUAUUUUAAUAUUGGAAUUGUGUGGGAAAAGAUGUAUAUUGAACGAGUGCAACAAAUGUUAAAUUCAAGUCAAGUAUUGAUUGGAAAACAGAAUGUCGGCGUUGCAACAAUGACAAAUUUGACUUCGAGAAAUGAUCCCCUAGUGUCACGUGAUAUGACUUCACAAUCUCUUUCGGGACAACAUAAAGUCGAACAUUUGAUUCAGGAGAAUGAGAAUGGAGAAUCGAAUGCAAAUUCCUUGUCAUCUUCCACUGCGAGUGAAAAGGUAAAUCAUGUCUCAUCGUCCAUCACGACAGGUUCCAAUUCUGAGAUUCAUCAUCACGCUGCAUUGUUGGGUCAAAGACCUUCGAUUGUUGGAGAUUUUGAAAUGGAUGAUUUCAAAGGAAGAAGAACCACCGUGUCAAGUGCUGGAGCACAUUUGACCAAUGUGAGCGCUGAGGAUAUUCUUGCUCAUUUAGAAUCUGAAAUGGAAAUGGAUAUUUUCAUGGAACAUGAACAGCAAUUAACAAGCUUCUAUACAGCUGAUGAUUCCAAUGUCACAAAAAUGGAACGAAAGAAUGCCAUUAAGAAUAUUUUCACAUAUUAUGGAAAGAGUUUGAAAUUGUGUCCAACCAAUUUGGAAGCAUAUUUCCAAUUAGCAGGUCUUUAUCAACGAGUUGGAAUGUAUUAUCAUGCCAUUGCAUUGUAUGAAAAAACUUUGGAAAUUGAUGAAACAUUUGCUGAGGGAUAUAAUAGUUUAGGUGUUUGUUUAUUUAACAUGGGACAACUGGAUAAGGCCACCUAUUACUAUAGCAAGGCAUUGAAACACGAUUUGAAAAAUCCAGUUAUUUUUGCCAAUUUAGGAGAAGUUUUGUACGAACGAGGAAAAUAUGCAGAAGCUCUCAACAUGUUUUCUCGUGCCUUUUAUUUAGCACCUGCCUUUGGUUCACUCUAUUGCUAUUUUGGAUUAUAUUAUUUUGAACAAGAAAAAUCAAAAGAAAAGGCAUUACAAAUGUUUGAAAAAGCUUUGGAAUUGUCACCUCAAUCACCCGAUGUGUAUUUCUAUUUUGGAAGAUUUUGGUUAGAAAAUUCUGAAUAUGACAAGGCAUUGCAAUAUUUUGAUAAGGCAAGUUGUUUGGUCCCACCCAAUCGACAAAUGUAUUAUUAUCGAGGAUUAGCAUUGGACAAGAAGGGAGAUCGAAAGGAAUCGAUUGCCAUGUUGGAAAAGGCAGUGACAUUGGCACCUUCUAUUCAUUUGUAUCGAGAAACUUUGGAUCGAGUGGUGAAUGCAACAGAACAAACCACUGGAGCUACAACUGUGUAG